UUUUCAGCUGGAUCUACGUGCCUUAGUCUUUUCUACACUAAGGGCUGCUAACCAGAGCAUUGUGGUGUAUUGUUGCUAAAAUCACAAUGAAAUCUGACAGAUUCAUCUCUCUGGAUUAUUUCUUCUUCCUCCUACUGCUUCUUCAGCAGGCCUGUGCUCAAUUUCCAAGAGAAUGUGUCACUCCUGAGGCCUUGAGAAGUGGCGUGUGCUGCCCAGACCUGUCCCCUGUGUCUGGACCUGGGACAGACCCCUGUGGCUUGUCAUCUGGCAGGGGCAGGUGUGAAGUAGUGACUGCAGACUCCCGACCUCACAGCCCUCAGUACCCUCACGAUGGUGCAGAUGACCGAGAGGGCUGGCCCACACGGUUCUUCAAUAGGACAUGCCAAUGCAAUGGCAAUUUCUCAGGACACAACUGUGGGGCAUGCCGUCCUGGAUGGAGAGGCACUGCUUGUGACCAAAGGGUUCUUAUAGUCAGGAGAAACAUUCUGGAUUUAAAUGCAGAAGAAAAGAACCGCUUUCUUCUGGCCCUGAAUAUGGCAAAGCGUACAACUCACCCCCAGUUUGUCAUUGCAACCAGGAGAUCAGAAGAAAUACUGGGGCUAGAUGGCAACACACCCCAAUUCGAGAACAUUUCCAUUUACAACUACUUUGUUUGGACACAUUAUUAUUCAGUCAAAAAGACUUUCCUUGGAACAGGGCAGGAAAGCUUUGGUGGAGUGGAUUUUUCUCAUGAAGGACCAGCUUUCCUCACUUGGCACCGGUACCAUCUACUGCAGCUGGAGCAGGACAUGCAGGAAAUGUUGCAGGACCCUUUUUUCUCCCUUCCUUACUGGAAUUUUGCGACUGGGAAAAAUGUCUGUGAUAUCUGCACCGAUGACUUGAUGGGCUCAAGAAGUAACAUUGAUUUCACUCUUAUCAGUCCGAACUCUGUCUUUUCACAAUGGAGAAUAGUGUGUGAAUCCCUGGAAGAUUAUGAUACCCUAGGAACUCUUUGUAACAGUACUGAAGGUGGGCCUAUUAGGAGAAAUCCAGCCGGAAAUGUGGCCAGACCAAUGGUGCAGCGUCUUCCUGAUCCUCAGGAUAUCGCCCAGUGCUUGGAAGUUGGUUUAUUUGACACUCCUCCUUUUUACUCCAAUUCUACAAACAGUUUCCGAAAUACAGUGGAAGGUUAUAGCGAUCCUGCUGGAAAAUAUGACCCUGUUGUUCGAAGUCUUCACAAUUUAGCUCAUCUAUUUCUGAAUGGAACAGGGGGACAAACCUAUUUAUCUCCAAAUGAUCCUAUUUUUGUUCUCCUACAUACUUUCACGGAUGCAGUCUUUGAUGAAUGGCUGAGGAGAUAUAAUGCUGAUAUAUCAUCAUUCCCAUUGGAAAAUGCCCCUAUUGGCCACAAUCGACAAUACAAUAUGGUGCCAUUCUGGCCUCCAGUGACCAGCACAGAGAUGUUUGUUACUGCUCCAGACAACCUGGGAUAUGCUUAUGAGGUGCAAUGGCCUAGUCGAGAUUUUAGUGUUUCAGAGAUUGUUACUAUCGGAGUAGUUGCUGCUUUAUUAGCGGUUGCACUCAUUUUUAUUGGUGCUUCUUGUCUGAUUCAUGCCAGAAGCAAGAUGGAUGAAGCAAAUCAGCCUCUCCUAUCUGAUCAAUAUCAACACUAUGCUGACGAAUAUGAAAAAAUCCAGAGUCCUAAUCAAUCUAUGGUCUGA